UGAAGUAAGACGGCGGUGCGACGAAGAAGAGAGAGCUAAACUGUGUCGCAGUCGCACGUAGCUUUCACUUAAUCGACUCGUUGUCUUUGAUUGUUUGCUGCACAUUCUUCUGAAGAUGGUUCGACCACAUUUUGGACCACCACGUUUGAAGCCCAGACCUUAUGGAGAUGGUCACGACAUUGGACCCAGUGAAGGGAAUUACAACCCCAACUCCAAAGGUCGAAGAGAUGUUCAGGGCUACCCACCAAAAGCCCCUUUUAACUGGAGAGAUUCCAGAGGUAGAGGACGACCCCCGAUUGUUAAAAGAGCUCCCCUGAUGGGUGAGCAGAGGGAACCACGUUUCAAUAACUGGAGGUCCCAGAAUCAGGAUUCCUUUCAGCCGUACCCUCCCAAAAUGGAACCACACCACAGCCAGAGGAGACCAUCUCCAUCUAGGCAAAACCGCUCCCCCCAUGUCCAGCAUCCGUCUUCCUCUCGCAGUCCUGCACAAGGAUCCCUGAGUCACAGGGGCCCACCGUUCCAUGGCCACCCCUCAGGUCACAGGUCACCCUCACCAAGACAUUUUCGCAACCACCCAGCAGACAGGAGGCCAGGCUCCAUGCCGGGCAACCAGGGGUCGUUCAGGGGCCACAAAAGGCAGUCAGGUUUUCAGCAUCAGGAGCAGAGAGGUCGAGACCCCCGUGGGAAUUACAGUCCCAGAGAACGGCCCCAUGAGCACUCAGGUCAUGGCAUGAAGCGCUGGAACGAGCACGGAUCGUUCUCUCACCCUCACAAUGGAGAACAUGGGCCCUCUGGGUCACAGAGGAGCCCCAGAGAGAUGCAUGGGAGAGGCCCAUGUCCAGAGAGGUGGUCAUCUGAGCAAGACUCCAGGCGGCAGCGUGGUCCAGGGGAGAGGCAGGGCAGCAGAUCCCACAGUAGAGAGAGGGCACAGGAUGUCCCUCACCUGCCCCCUUUCAGAUCUCCCUCAUGGAAAGGAGGUCCAGCACCGUCAACCUCCUACCACAGGAACCCUCAGGAGAGGCAAAUGGGAGGACCUCGCAAGAGGAGGAUAUCAGACAUCAGCAUGCCCUCUUCAAAUCCUGCACAGGAGCAUGGCAAUCCAAAACACCCCAGGAGAGAGAGGCCUCAGCUGCUCAAUAUCCCCAGGCCAUUUGGUGGUAAACCUUUGUCUCUUAGAGAUAAAAGUUACUUGGUAAAGAGCAGACAAGUCAGAGCAGAGUCUCUCAUGAAGCUCAGAAUACCCCCAUCUGUGAAACCCAGGCCACACCUGGACGACACUUCCUCACGGGAAAAUGUCAGCUCUGUUCUUGCCAUCAGGAAAAAACGCUUCCAGGCAAAUGCAGCCCCCCUGAGAAAGCUGGAACCAAGAAGGGGAAAACCACAGCAGUCACCCCCCAGAGAAGAAGGCAAUUCCAGCAAGUCUUCAAGAGACUCUGGUUCAAGAGAGAAAGAACAGGUGGAGUCUCGCCGGUCCCUGACCACACACAGAUCUUCUCCCAUAGAGAAACGUGACCUUGUUGUUUUGUCCCACUGGCCACCUGGCCCGAGCUCGUCCUCCAAGGACGGCUCCCCUUCUAAAGAUCGCAGCCCGAGGCCAAAGAGUGAACGCGGUUCAGAUCACGAUGCCUCACCCAACAGCCGACUCUCAAAGAUGAAUGAUUCCAGAUCAUCACCUGAAGACCGAAGACGGGGCUACGUUGAUAAGAGGAUGUUUAGGCCAUUUAAUAAUAUGAUGCAGGACAACCACAGAUCUUGGAGGCCCUUCAGGAGACCAGGACCGGGACCAGGACCAGGACCCAUGCAGAGACCAAAGUUUACUGGUGGUCCACGGAAGAUGGGCCCUGACAUGUCAGGAAAUUUUAGAAGACCACUCAUGGAGAGCUUAGUGCCACGUCCCUUCCCAAAUCAGAGGCCAGUGUUCAGAAAAACUCACAGUAUCAUGUCCAAAUACCGCAACAUGAGAGUGAUGCGUCAGCGUGCACCGUACAACCGAGGGCCUAACCAACAACGCUGGUGAUAACCGAUGCACCAGUCCCACGUUCUGCACACACAAUACUGGAAGAGGCAGAAUAAUCUGACGAUCGUCUCUGCUGGGCGGACUGCACAAACCCUUCCCUCACUACAGCCCUAAAAAGCCUGUAUAUUGUGGAAAUGUUGUUGGUUAAAGCGUUUGCAUUCGUUGCAUCUUUGAACUACUGACAUACUUUUGUUUUAGGUUAUUUGUAACAUAUGCCAUUACACUAUAUUGUCCCGCUUUUUUUCACGUGUAUAGUUAUUCGGGAGUUGCUGCUUGUUAUCUUGGCAGUCGUCAUUUUUACUGGAAGUUAUAGCUUUUUCUUUGUUCAUAAGCAGAAGUCAACUUAGGUUUGUGAACUCCAGAAAACGUUUACUUUAAUAUUGCACCUUUACCACUUGUAAAAUGUCCUGUUUGAUUAAUCAUUGGUGUUUUGAUUAGAAACAGCAGGUUGUCAAAGACGCUUAGAUCCUACUUGUAAAACUUGUAUAAUCACAUGCUCCGUUUUUUGUUUGAAACUUGAAAUAAAACUGAAUUUAACACUGUC